GAGUGAGCGCGAGGAGCGUGCGCGCUCAUGUAGGCGGCGACGGUGGCCGCGAGCGGCGGCGUCAGCUCCAGGAAGGGGGGGAGGGUUGACGGCUUUUGUAGGGUGGCGGCAGCGGCGGUGGCGCCUUCCCGUUUGGCCCGUAUCGUUUCUGUUGCGGGAGCUGGACUGAGAGUGACAGAACGAGGGUCGGGACAGGGGGUCACCGCCUUCUCCAGUACAUCGAACUGAGAAGCCGCCGCCCGGACUCUUUUUCUUUACCCCGGUCCCCCGCCCCCUCACUGCCCGUUCGGAGGAAGCGGCUGCGGCGGCGGCGACAUCAUUUCUCCUCACCCUACCCUCCCCCUUCCCCUGCCCCCCCUAGCCCUGAGAGGUACGGCUUGCUCCCCAAUUCUUUCCUCACCCCACCCGAUCGCUCGCUCACUACGCCGCCGCUGCUGCCGCCGCCGCCAUGUCGGCGCAGGCCCAGAUGCGUGCUAUGCUGGACCAGCUGAUGGGCACUUCUCGGGACGGAGACACUACCCGUCAGCGAAUCAAAUUCAGCGAUGACAGAGUAUGCAAGAGUCACCUUCUCAAUUGCUGUCCUCAUGAUGUUCUCUCUGGAACUAGGAUGGAUCUUGGAGAAUGUCUGAAGGUCCAUGACCUGGCUUUAAGAGCAGAUUAUGAAAUCGCAUCCAAAGAACAAGACUUUUUCUUUGAGCUUGACGCAAUGGAUCAUCUGCAGUCAUUCAUCGCAGACUGUGACCGGAGAACAGAAAUGGCCAAGAAAAGAUUAGCAGAAACUCAGGAAGAGAUUAGUGCCGAAGUGGCAGCUAAAGCAGAACGUGUCCAUGAAUUGAAUGAGGAAAUUGGUAAAUUACUAGCCAAAGUGGAACAACUAGGAGCUGAAGGUAAUGUGGAGGAGUCCCAGAAAGUAAUGGAUGAAGUGGAGAAAGCCCGAGCAAAGAAAAGAGAGGCAGAGGAAGUCUACCGGAAUUCUAUGCCAGCCUCCAGUUUCCAACAACAGAAACUUCGGGUCUGUGAAGUAUGCUCUGCUUAUUUGGGUCUUCAUGACAAUGACAGGCGACUAGCUGAUCAUUUUGGUGGGAAACUACACCUUGGAUUUAUUGAAAUAAGAGAGAAACUUGAAGAGCUGAAGAGAGUUGUAGCUGAGAAGCAAGAGAAAAGAAAUCAGGAACGCCUGAAGCGCAGAGAAGAAAGAGAGAGAGAAGAAAGGGAGAAGUUGAGAAGGUCCCGAUCACAUAGCAAGAAUCCCAAAAGAUCCAGGUCCCGAGAGCAUCGUAGACAUCGAUCUCGCUCUACUUCACGAGAACGAAAGAGAAGAACUAGAUCCAAGUCCCGUGAGAAACGCCAUCGUCACAGGUCACGCUCCAGUAGCCGCAGCCGCAGCCGCAGCCACCAGAGAAGCAGGCAUAGCUCCAGAGACCGGAGCAGAGAGCGAUCCAAAAGAAGAUCCUCAAAAGAAAGGUCUUCUGGAGAUAAAGAGCGGUCAUUAAGAGACCAAGACCUAGCAUCACGUGACAAAGAUAGGAGUUCAAGAGAGCGGUCUCCUCGUGACCGUGACCGAGAGAGAAAAGAUAAGAAACGUUCCUAUGAGAGUGCUAAUGGCCGCUCAGAAGACCGGAGGAGCUCUGAAGAGCGUGAAGCCGGGGAGAUUUAACAGGCUCUACAUUUCCUCAAUCCUUAAGCUUCCUCUGGAGUUACAUACUAUUGUUUAGUUUACAGCUGUUCAAGACAACCCAGCCGUUCCAGACACCGAUCCAACUAGGCUAGAUGCGCAGUAUCUAAAGUUUGGCUAUAAUUCAAUCCUAACUGAACGUCUUUUCCUGGCUGAAGUCUAAAAUUGCAUCCGUAAUUUCUGGUGAACCCUAAUACAAUUCUGAAAGGUUCCUCUGUUCACAAGUGCAGUUUUAUGUAGUAAAAUGUGAAUCUCUUAUGUUUUAUUUUCAGUAGAAGUUAGAAUGAACAAAUUGUGUUACUUGCCUUGGGCUUUCUUGAACAUUUGUAAAAUUCUUCUUUUUUAGUCCAAAUAGCAGCAGCUUUGGGAGUCUUGUUUUGAUUUCUUCCUCUACCCUUCUGUCCUACCCUCCCACCUGCCAUCCCAAAUUACAAAGUGGGGCAGGAAUUGGAGGGGCCAUAUAACUUGGGUUAGAAACUUUUCUGUUCCCACCUAUUGAUUACUAGUUGGUUACAUUUCAGAACAUUUAUUGCUGGGGUGCGUGUUCUGGAGAAAAUGGAAAUGUUUGUUUCUUUUUUCCCUUUUUUUAAACAGUGCCUAUUUAGAUUUGGAAGUUGAACAGCUGUUGCAUUACACCUUUUGCAUUUUUAUUGAAAUUUUGAAAUCAAACCUUGUCUUGAUUUUUCUGUUACGUUGAAUUGCUAUGCUCAGGUUGUUGGGGCGAUUGUUUCUUAAGCACUUCCUGCCUUUAUUUUUUGUUGUGGAGUGUAAAGGCUAUACCUCUUAAUUGUUUAAAAGAAAAGAUAAUAAAAUGAAAGCAGCAAUCACCACCACCACCACCACCACCACCAUCAUCACCAUCAUUAAACAACCUGCAUUAUUCAGUAAGUUGUCACCUUGCACUUUCUCCUGUGGACAUUCCUCACUUUUUUCUUUUAUUGAUAAUUCCUUUCCAUGUAAGACACAAAAGAUGUAAGAAGACACUUGCAAAAAUUCUGAACUCUGGGCAUAACUGUUUAACCCAGGCCAUCUGUACUGCUUAUAUUCAGCUAUCUGGGUUUAUAAUUUCUGCCACAAGGAAGGACUUGGACCUGCAAGAAGAAGUGUUCUGAUUUUUCUGUUUAUUCAGCCACACAAAAUGAAAUAAAAACACAGUGUAAACAGAGCAGUGAGAGGAACAAUAUUUAGUUAGUAAGAGUUGAUUUGAAACCCCAUAAAGUCUUAAAAGGGGGUAGGAAAGCAGUACAUGAGUAUAGAAAUCAAUAACAAACUUUUAUCUGCUGAAAGUUGUUCUAUAUUUCGUAUAAUCAGAUGUCAGUUUUCCAGAAGGAAUUAAAGGAAUGCCAUAGAAAAGAGGGUUCUAGAAAGUAAUAUUUUAGUUGAAUAACAAUGAAUUUAGAUCUAAAAGCAACACAAAUCUAAAUCCCAGUCUUACAGAUAAUGGCCCCAUUUGUUAAAAGGCCUCUUAAUUUUCUUUUGCCUGUGUUUGCCAGUAUCCUUUGUUAAUAUAUUUUUGCUUUUGGUGCUUGACUAUAUCAUCAUCUGGAAAGCAGAAGGAUAGGGACAGUUAUGAUGCAAGAUACAGAUCCAGAGCAGAGUAAAGAAACUGUCCAGUUGGAAGAGAAGAUAGACUAGUAUAUGUGGGCAGUGUUGGCAAGUAAUUGAAAAAUACUGCAUGGUAAUCCUCACUUUAGAGCAGAGUAUUGUGAAUCACCCAGAUGGCCAAGACCGUUAAUGCUUUUUUCUCUGCUGCCUCACUUCUUCAUGUGUUUUAGAAUAGCCAGUGAUUUUAAAGUUGUGAUCUUACAGGAGCUAGGUUAACAUCUAUGAGUGCUCUUUCAGUGAGGAAGUUACUUCCUGGGAAUCAGAAUCCAAAUAUCUUCAACAUGUGAGUGAUUGGAAGAUAGAUGGUUCCUAUCCUUCAGGUGGGUGAAUAUUUCAACCACCUAGAACGUAUCUUUUUAACGGAUAACUUUUGUUACUAAAACCCUGCAACUUCCUUAGUAGCAAAAUCCAGUGUUUUAUUUCUGACCAUUUAAAAAAAUAUAUUAUUAUUAUUAUAAACUUCGUAGCCAACAACAGUGGACAAUCUAGGUAUUUAUUAUGUUAAACUGAAAUUUCACCUGCAUCAAUUUAAAUCUAUUGUUUUAAGUCCCUCAGUGAACAUAGAAGAGCAACUUAAAAUGAUUCAUAUGAACCCAUACUGUUAAAAACAAUAGACCACAAUGUUAACCUAUUCACAGUAGCUUUGGGCACUUUGAGAAGGGCAUUAGCUCUUUUAGGCCAUUAGGAAAGCAAAUAGCAACUUACCAGACAGCUUAACCCUCACUAACUCACAGCAAGGCCAGUCUAGCUUAGAGAAUAAUGUGAAUUAAAGAAUAUCUGUAUUAAAUAUUUUAACCUAAUAACAUGGCCUGGGUUAAACAGUGUGUGAGAUCUAGAUCUUUCCUAUGGUAUAGUUGUGUGAUUGACUUUCAAUCUUAAGUUUCAUCUUUCAGUCCAUCAUUCCAGCCUGUCACAUUUUUGGGGUCCUCAUUCUGACAUCAGACAUAUUAGCUAUUCUGCCUAUCGUUAGGAUUGUAUGUGAAAGACAACAUAGUUUUAAGAAAAAUUAUGCUCAGUUCUUUCUCUCCUCAAGUGAAGAUAACUCAGGAAAACAUUGCCAGUGCUGAAACAUCACCUAAGGUUUAACUCUGGCUAUCAGUAUUGGGAUUUGUAGAGAGAUAGAGGGGAAAGCAAGGAGGCAUCAGGAUUUCACAUAACCAGCCAGAGCAGUCUGGUGGGGUUGCUGAAGGUUAGUGAUCCCUGUAGACAAGGGGUACUGCCAUUGAGCCAGUGAAGUAGGAGCGCCAUGUUGAUUGGAAGGAGGCACCCAAAGACAAAGUGGGUUUCCAGUAAGCAGGUCUGAAGCAGCAUCCAGGAAUUCCAGGGAGUAAAAAGCAGUCACAUAGCUGGUGUCCAGGGGGGAAAGUUUGGAAUUGAGGAGGGAGCAGGCAGUGUAAUCAACACAGGUAGGUGGUGGUUCAUGUGAAAGAUAUUAGGCAGUGGAAACCUAGGGUCACAUAACCCUUAAUUCCCUAAAGGAUUGAUUGGGCCAUGCAGGAUUUGACACAGAUACAGGCUACCAUGGCUACAGGACAAAAUCUGGUAGAAACUUAAUACAGAAAUCUGACCCCACAAUACUAGGCAGUAGGUAUAAAAGGGAAGCAGAAUGAGGAUAGGAAUUAAGAUCUCAGGAGAACAGAUAAUCAUGGGGAGAACGGGUAAGGCCAACAGCAAGACCGUUUUGAACUUGAUUUGAAGUCUGUCUAAACAAUUCUAUGUUUCUUGCUCAGAGGCCAGGUUAUGGUUCAGGCAAGAAACUCUUGAGUAGGGGAAUGAAUGGUAGGGGACCCAGGCUUUCUCCACUACAUAGAAGUCUAGGAUGACAGCAUUUCUUUUCCCUGGUUCAAAGAGAAAGGGAAAUUUGGAACCCAAUGUUUUGGGCUGGAGGUGGUCACUAAAAAUCCCAUGAUGAGCAAUUAACGUUCAUGGAGACAACUACUCAUCUGAAAAAAAAUUUCCCUGGUGUGCAAGCAUCAGUCCACAAAGGAGGAUGGAGGUUGGACUGCAGGGACGAGUACGUUCCCUGAGCUUCCCACGUCCUGAUAACGAGAGGGAGAGUGGAGUGGAAAGACUGUACCGACCCUGAGUUCAAAUGCCAACUAUAUAUCUCUAGUACUUGUAUGACCACGGAUGUCACCUAACUUCCUUGGAAAUACCUUGUUAGGUAUUUCCUCCAAAGCCCCAGUUGUAGCUUUUCUAAGCUCAUUGCCCUCCACCGUGUUAGUUGGAGUUUUAAAAAGGGCAUGCCAGUAUUUCCUGGUGUGAAGGGGAAGAAGGGCCAUUCUACCAAAUUGGGGAGGAGGGUGGAGAUUUGGGGCUCUUUUUCUUUCCCUUUUAUAUCAGCGUUGGGUACCUACUAGGAUGGAUCCCAGGCCAUGAAGAGUUUUUGACUUCUCUUGGCCCAAUUCACUUGGGAUCUCCGCAUAGAUGGCACCAGCAUGCUCAUAAGGGCAUAUCAAAUUUGACACAAUUGUCGAAGGAGAUAGCACCUUCCUCAUUUGUCCCAAUCCAACAGUCUCUUUGACCACAAAUGAUUUUCUGUCUCCUUUGCAGUGAUUUAAAGGAACCACUCUUGGAACAACAGACUGGAGAACACUUACUAUCUAAAGCUUACCAUGUUUUUUUCCAGGUUUCAGAGCGGUUUAGUAAUCUUGGAUGGUUUUACAUGUUUGACUACCCAACAUGACUGGGCAGUGGACUCUGACUCCAAGAGUUCACAUUUUGUGAUUGCUUCUGUAUUUCCCAGAAUCCUAGAGUUGGUAGCGAUCUUCAGUCAUAGCAAGAGACUUCGACUUCUCAAACAUAUUUGAUUUUUGGUGCAAGAAAUAGCAUUUUCCUCUACAAUAGCCAGGCUUCUUGGCAUAGCUCGAGGAAAAUACAAAAUUUUAUAGAGAUCAUCUAAACCAACCCUCUGGGCCAGAGUUUCCUCAUUUGCAAAAUGAGAGGGUUAAACUAAAUAUGAUCCUUUUGGUCCUAAGUUCCAUGAUCCUCUUGUUUUACAGAUGUGGAAAUUAAUAGGUUUGAAAGAGACAGAUCAUGAUGAGGAAACAGGCCCAGAAAAGGUAGAUGACUUACCCAGGGUGACCGACUGGCAGAGCUAGAACUAAAAUUCCACUAAUUUUUUUGUUUAUUGAGUAGAUGGUUAUGUUACAUAAUCAACUACGAAAAUCAACCAUACCAUGUAUGGAAUUUACUUUUAAAACCCAAUAAAAUGACAAACUGACAUUAUGCAA